AUGGCGCCCUCCGUCGACCCCCACGCAACUGGAAAGCUUCCUGUCCAUGACCUACCGACUCCCGAGCCAGAGUCGCCUUUGCGGCCUCGUAAACCGUACAGGUUUUCCACCUUAUGUGCGACCGUCGAAAAUCCAGAUAUGAAGGAUCAGUACGGGAGCAGCUCCGUGCCGAUCUACCAGACUGCAACUUUUAAAGGUGUAGGAGCUGAAUACGAUUAUACAAGAAGCGGAAAUCCCACCAGGACCCAUCUCCAGCACCACAUUGCCAAAAUCUCAUCUGCUGCUCAUGCUUUCACUGUUUCAUCGGGCAUGGCUGCUCUGGACGUUAUUCUACGUCUCUUAAAGCCUGGAGAUGAGAUCAUUGCUGGAGACGAUUUGUACGGUGGUACAAACCGACUAUUGACGUAUAUCAAGACCCAUGUUGGUGUUACGGUCCACCAUGUCGACACCACCGAUCCCACGUCGCUCUACCCUUUCAUUCACCCCACCAGAACUGCCAUGGUCCUCCUCGAAUCUCCAACGAAUCCCCUCCUCAAAAUUGCCGACUUGGCAAAGAUCAGCAGCGACGUGAAGGAAAGGGCAUCCGAUGCAAUUAUUGUUGUCGACAACACCAUGAUGAGCCCUUACCUUCAGCGACCUCUCGAACAUGGAGCAGAUAUCGUUUACGAUAGCGCCACAAAGUACCUUAGCGGCCAUCACGACCUCAUGGCAGGCGUUAUGACGUGCAACAGAGACGACCUUGCCAAAAAGUUGGCAUUUACUAUCAACUCUGUCGGCAACGCACUCACUCCGAUCGACUCAUUCCUGCUGCUUCGAGGCAUCAAGACGCUAGCCCUGCGCAUGGACAGACAACAGGCGAAUGCCCAGCAGGUUGCAGAAUAUCUGUACAGCCUUGGGUUCCGGGUACAUUACCCCGGUCUCGCAGACCACCCCGGGCGAGACGUCCAUCAGCGCAUUGCCGAUGGUAAUGGUGCCGUUCUGAGCUUUGAGACGGGUAAUAAAGAGCUGAGUGAAAAGAUUGUGGGUGGGACGAAUCUUUGGGGCAUCUCCGUCAGUUUUGGCUGCGUGAACAGUCUCAUUAGUAUGCCCUGCGUCAUGUCGCACGCAUCCAUUGAUCCUGCUACUAGAGCCGCUCGAGGACUGCCCGAGGACUUAAUACGUCUCUGCGUUGGUAUCGAAGACCCCCAUGACCUGUUGGAUGACCUCGAGAGGGCCCUUAUCAGUGCAGGAGCCAUUGCCUUCGACGCGUCGCAAAACAAAUAUGUCAGGGUUCCUGACGAUGAUGCCCUGAGUCUUGCCGUUCAGAAGCUCCAGUUAGAUGGUGUUCUGCAGGAUACAGAGUGGUUCGUCAGCGCCCCUGGCAAAAUCAUUCUGUUUGGAGAGCAUGCCGUUGUACAUGGUGUGACUGCGAUCGCCGCUUCAGUUGACCUCCGGUGUUAUGGACUAUCGACCCCUAGACAUGACCGCAAGCUGUCAAUUCAUCUCCUCGACAUCAACAACUUUUACCACGAAUGGGACAUCGAGUCUUUGCCCUGGAACGCUGUAACGCCUGUUCCACCCGGUGGAGAACACCCCGAGGAACUAGAUCAGAGGCUGAUAGAGGCGCUGAAUGAGAGUCCACUGAAAGGAAUCGGCGAGGACCAAAAGGCUGCCCGUGGGGCCUCUCUAGUGUUCCUGUAUCUGUACAUGAUCUUGAACAGGAAUGAAGUACGGCCCGCGUUCAACUUUACCGCUCGAUCAACACUACCGGUUGGUGCAGGUUUAGGAUCCUCUGCAUCCUAUUCUGUGUGUGCGGUGACGACAUCAUUACUCGUCCAUCGGCGGAUCAUCCUCCCUUUACCCCCUGCCCCCUCGUCAAGUGAUCAUAUCCAUGUAUUGCACCAAGGGCGACGCGCCAUCUCCCCCACGACGGCAGAGGAGGUCAACAAGUGGGCGUUUGUGGCUGAGAAGAUCCUGCACGGGAAUCCCAGUGGGGUCGAUAACAGCGUCGCAGUGUAUGGCGGAGCGCUUGCCUACACCCGUCCUGGUUUCGGAAAGAAGAGUGGAAUGGAAGGAAUCCAGGGAUUCAAAUCGCUCAAAUUCCUGUUGACUAAUUCAAAGGUGCCGCGGGACACGAAGAAAUUAGUCGCUGGUGUUGGUGAGAAAAAGGCAAACGAACCUGAACUCGUUAAUGGUAUCCUGGACUCCAUUCAGAGCAUCAGUGAUGAGGCGAGGAGGGCACUGGCGGAUCCGGAGCUGCCUCGCGAUUCAUUGCUAUCCGCUUUAUCUACCCUAAUGGACGAAAACCAUAAACACCUCGUCACACUUGGGGUAUCCCAUCCCUCAUUGGAAACUAUCAAAGCGAAGACCAAAGAGCCGCAUAACCUCAGCACAAAACUUACGGGUGCUGGAGGAGGCGGUUGCUCCGUGACCCUCAUUCCCGAUGACUUCAAGGAUGAGGAGCUGCAGGAUCUCAUAGAUGACUUGAUCCGCGAGGGCUUCCAGCCUUAUCUUACAUCUGUGGGUGGAAGUGGUCUUGGAAUCUUGUCCCCAUACCUUGGCCAUCGGACUCGUGGAUCUCGACUUCGUCAUGCGCCUGAAGGCUUUGGGCAAGUGACCCCUCCGGAUACACCAAUCCCUAGAGAACCUUCGCCUAUUCAGAUCGUGGAUGGGUCAGAGACUGCGGCAAACAAUCUCGACCCAUUACGUGCACCAUUCGUGUCCAGCACUGUGGCGGAGCUCCCAGAGUGGGCUGCUGAACUUGGACGCUGGGCGUACGUAUGA